GACCGCUCGCAAAAAAAGUUGCACUCAUAAGGAUAUCAGCCCUGAUUCCAGAAUCUCAGGGUCAAAGAUGUCACUCGGUAACAUACCCCUCCUGGCACAAGCGACGGUGUGUAGCCUCACACUCUUGCUAUCCAUGGCUGCCCUCAUUCCCAUGUCCUGGCAUGUCAGCAAUUUCAAAGGACACUGCCUCCUGUAUACCAAUGGAACAUUCGACAAUAAUGACGGACACUUCAUUCCGGACUGGGGAUCUUCCUUCUACUGCUACUAUUCGAUUAUAAUCAACGUAGCCAUUGUGCUGAUGUCGAUGCUGCAUCUUGUCAAAUACGGUGUCAUGCAUUACCAGAGCCGCGACAGCAAUUUCCUGGGCGCUUUUUUCGACUGCGUGGUCUCGGUGGCCCUAACGAGCCUGCUCUUCAUAUCGUCAGUUUUCGUAUCGGAUGGUUUCCGCACGUGGUGCGCGGCAAUCGAGCAACGUUUCCCCGGCUGCGAGGAAGCCAGCGUCACGGAGAUCGAUCCGGGAGACGGUAUCGAUACCGUCGGCUUCUAUGUCAUGAUGGGCGCCAUUCAAUUCGCCCAGUGGACGUGUUGGGUCUGCUGGAUACUACAGAGCGUUCUCUCGAUCCGCAAAUUGUGCAUUUACCACGAACGAGAGAACAUCAUAGUAUCGAUGGCUCGAGAACGACAGAAUCUCCAUGCUUCUCAGAAGGACUACUCCCUGCUUCUGCAGAGCAACACCCAGGAAGCUCCAGACGACGAUAAUAACAGACGCUCCGAUGUCGACCCCAUCCUCUCCUAG